AUGAUGAAGUUUGUGGCCUUCUUCACCCUCUUCACCUCCGCAGUCCACGCUGGUCUGCUGAGAAAGAGACAGACCUGUCCGCAGUCGUGCGUUGCCUCUCAGUGCCCUGUCACUCCGAAGGCUUGUUACUACGGGCAGGUGAGAGACGCGUGUGGCUGCUGCGUGGUGUGCGCAGCUGGGGAGGGAGAGGUAUGCGGGUCUUGGAAUGGCAGAGGCCUUUCCUGUGGAGACGAAUUGAGGUGUGAAUCUGUCCCGGGAAAGCCCAGCGGGAUCCCUGGAUUCUGUGUGUGCACCCACUCCGGACAGGUGUGCGGCAGCGACGGCAGGACAUACCCCAGCAUCUGCCGCCUGAAUGCCGAGAACAGAAGAGCCGAGCUCGGUGAGACCCCUCCGGUCAUUUUGAUUCAGAGGGGUGCCUGUGAUUCAGGUAAGUGGAGGGACUUUUUCGCUCCUUGGAAUUGUAAAAUUUACAACUAAGUGUGAAAGCUGUGGUUCAUUGGAUAGGCUAUUUUAUUAUUUUUCCACAACAGUAUACUGUACAUCCACCAUCACAAUAUUAGAAUUACAAUAUGAAUUUUAUAUUAAAAAAUGGGUUCAAACUUAAGAAUCAGAGUGCUUUGGGUUGUAGGCCCAUAAACUCCUAAAGUUGAAGGCUAUCAUUGACUCUAUAUGAUAGGAUGGCCUUGUCAAAACCAUUCAGAAAGCUAUAAUUAUUUUCUGCACCAUUUAUUUGAUUCCAAAAAACUUCCUGUCUAGUCUGCAGAGAUCUGCAGAGCUAAAUGAAAAUACCCAAAACAGUACUUAACAGUAAAUAGCCCAUCAUAUAGCCCAACUCCUGGAGAGCAUUACACCACAACUGACUCUGUGGUUUGUUAACAGUUGUUUCUAGAGAAAAAGAUCACAAAAUUUGUUCUAUGAUUGAUUGUUUUCUUUGUAUUUUUUUUUUUUCAAUCUCACCCUGAAAUAUUUUUCAAUGUCACAUGCAAUUGAUGAUUUAAAAGGCUCUCUGUGAUUUACUAUAUGAGACUGUGAAAUUAAUUUUACAAGAAAAAAAAAAAGAUUCCUUAAACUUACUUUACUCUGUAUUCAUUGUGGCAUUGUAACUUAAAAGUCAGUUCUGUGAGUUACUUAAAGUUUUAAUAAGACAAAAAUUUACCAGCUACAUAACAUGUAACUUUUUAUUUUUACAUUUCACGUUGGUGUUGAAAUCUUAAGUCUGGUAUCUCCAUACUGAUCAGCCAGCUCAUACUCAUUUUUGCUGGCACUUGAGUCUGAAGCUGCUGUCAUUUCAACACCAUUCCUGCAACCUUCACCCGAGAGCUCUGUCAAAAAAUUCUUGGAUCAUGAUGUUUCUUAUAAAUGUUUUUAAAAGAUGCAAAGAUGAAAGUUAUUUCCAAAAGCAUCACAGCCCAGAGGAGAGCUGCUGAGGUGAAAACCUGUCAAGAGUAGUGACGAGGGCUUUUUAGAGGCUUAUGAGUUUCUCAAGCAGCAGAGAAGAUGGUGGAAAAAUGGAUAGGAGAAAUGUUCUCCAGACACUGAAUGACAGUGAGUUCAUUUAAUGCUACAGGUCGGAUUUUGCAGUGAUCAUCUUUGUGGUAUAUCUCAGUAGAUGUGUGUGAAUUAUCUCCAGAAGUCGGUGAUCACAGCAUUGAAAUAUUUGACAGCUAGAAAAAUGCAGCAGUCCCACUCAUGAUGCUGUUCUGUAGAGAGGCUUUUAACUAAAGAUGUUGGAAAAUGGGAGCAUGCAGAAAAGCUUUGGCAUCGACAAAAAAUGAUUGAAACAACAGCAUUCGAAGGUUCUCAUUCAAUAUUAAUAGAAAAAUGUGCAUGAAUAGUUAUCACAUAUCAAUGACCAGCUGUAAAGAUACCUGGAUAUCUGGAGGUUUAUAAAACACUUUAUAUAGCUAUCAGCAUGGCGUUAUGUGCAAUAUCUGAUCUGAUAUUAAUAUUGGAUACUGGUCCAUGUCAGCACAAAAACAAACAUCGGAUUAUAUCGGCCUGCAUCUAAAAUCUCUGAUAUCAGCACUCUGAUACAAGCAGUCCAUUCCAGACACCGCUCCAGCACCUCGAUCUAGCAGCGCCUGGAUCCAGCAGGCAGAGCUCACGUGAUCACAAAAACAGCAUGUACCAAGGUUCUAAUAAAGUAGCAAGGAGAAGGAGUGAUGCUGGUGUGUGGCAGUAUUAUUUUUUAAAGUCCCAAAAAGAUGUUGCAGAUGAGUGCAAAACUUGUCAUGCGCAAGUUUGUGCGAGUAUCGGAUCAAUAUCGGCAUCAGCCAAUACUGAAGACUACGAUAUCGGAAGUAAAAAGGUUGUAUUGGGACCCCCGUAGUAGCCAUACAUUUCCAAUAAGCCUCAACACCUCAUUACAGUCCGAAACAUCUCUGUGUAUGGCGCCAAAUGACAACUUUUGACAACAAAGACCAAACUCAGGUUACUUCAGUACUCCAGUUGAGGGGGGAUGGCAUCCCCACUGAAAUGAAAACGCUCAAAAUGGUCAAUAAAUGUGGAAACAUUACAACAAUUUCAAGGUUUAGGGGGUGUGAAGGAGCGGCGUCCUCACUGACUGCGGGCAGCACAUGAAGCCACACACACAUAUACACACCAAACAUUUCCCUCCCCGCCAGCGUCGCUAUUUACCCACUGAACGGCGCUAUUUUUCCGUCUCUCUUCUCUGAGAGGGCUUCUCUAACCAAGGGUGCACAAUUGGAGCUCUAUCGGCUAACUUAAACAUACAUUCACAUAUUAAUCUCUCCACUUACUUGCCGGGUGUUCAUCCACGCCAUCAUGCUGACUUAGGUUUCCAAAUGAGAAUCAGAGCGCGUGAUUUCCGGGUGUGAAAUAGAUAGGUAUGGCGGGUCAAAGUGGUCACAUGAUGUAAGAAAAAUUAGUUCCCUUGUUGUUUGCCGUGAAUCCCUAAAAAUUAAUUUGUGUAAAAAUCAAGUAAAAAUGGUGAAAACUUACAGAAAAAGGUCUGAAAGUUAGAAAUGGUAAAAAAGGUUUAAAUUUGAAUAGAUGUGUUUUUUCUAAACUUAUGUAAUCAAUAACGCCCACAGGGUGGGGCUAGGGGGGUCAAAAGAAGGCUGCCUGGGCCUUUCUUUGAGUCUGAAGUUUGUUACAUGGAAGGUUACGACCAAACUGACUUUUGUAUUACAGCUGUGUUUCUGAUUUUUUUGUUUUUUACUUGAGUUAUAGUGGAACUCCCGUCUUGUUGGCAUUUUCUUUUUGCAUUGUACAUUUUGUAAAUAGUAUUUGACCAUUUUUUUGCACCUUUGUAAAUAAUUUUGCACCGCACCUCUGAAGGCCGGCUGUAAAUAAAUAUCACCAUCACCAUAUUUUUCCGACUACGCCUGUGUUUUUCCACUGUAAUAAUGCUAACCCACCAUGUGCACUGUCAACAGAACAAAACAUCUAUCCCAAAUGAUAAAAUCCACCAUCCCCCCUGAUUUUUUUUUCACAACUUGACUACUGAGUUACUUGAUAGACUUGAAGUCAGAGACCCAGUUCAGCAGAGGAACCCUGGAUGGAUUUUUUUCCAAAAUGUCCAUCUAUAAAAUGGUAAAGUUUUCUUAUUUUUAACUUGAGUAUUAAAUUACCAAUCUCAGAAGCCACUGGAGAUCAUUGGGCAACCACUGUCUAUCAUCAUGUGCUGAUAAUUUAUUUCUCUGAGAAUGACUGUCCUGAUAAAAAUACUCAACACUUUUCAUAUGGCUCCUGUUCACAUUAUUUCAUCGAUUAGUUAGUAGUAAACAACUUAGACUUUGUGCUUCAUUUACAUCACAGAUGUCUGGAUGUUUCUUUGAUGCAAAAAUAUCAGCAAGAUGGUUGUGACAAGCACGCCGACAAUACAUAUGGUCAUGGGGAGAUCUUGCAGCUGGACUUCAGUAGACUGUCUUUCUUUUGAUGCAACACUUUGAUGAAGUUUAUUUCGUUGUGCCAGCUGUCUACUUGUGUUAACAAGUCAAUUCUUUGGAAGUUAACGUUCCUGUAAACUUCUCAUUUUGGCAACCUUUGUGUAAUCACUGGCGGUAAAAAAGAUGCCCAAACAUGGCAAGCAGCCAGCGUGGGUAUUUUCUUGUUUUUGUCUCGAUACAAUCAAAGAUGUCUUAUUAUGUAACACUAAAUAAUGAUCUGAUAACAAGUCACAACACUAAUCUUAUGUAACGUGUUUAGAUUCACCCAUGAUUUAAACACAAAAUACAACCACAAGGUCAUGUCAGUUCAGUCUAUUUGAACUGUUAAAUACACAACAGCUUUUUUAUCCAGGAGGUGAAGAAAAAACUCACUGGAGCACAUGGAUUUACUGUGCUUGUAUUGAGCUAUUGUGAUUGAUUGAGCUCUGAUAACAAAAUAUUACAACCCCUGCUGAAAUAAGCAUUCCUACUGAUUUCAGCAAGUGACUUAGAUGGUGUCGUAUGUUCCUCCAAAACCUGUAUGUACCUCCCAGCAUUAAUGGAGCCUCCACAGAUGUUACUGUGGAGGCUAUGUUAUAGUACAGUUGUGGAUAGAGUUUAUCCACAGUAAAUAAAUACAAAUGAUUAUGUGAACAUUGACAAACAUUUUAAUUCUCGUUCAAGGAAUGCAACAUCCAGGAAGCAUGCGCUACAAAUUCAACUUUAUUGCUGAUGUGGUGGAUAAGAUUGUCCCAGCUGUGGUGCAUCUGGAGCUUUUCAAGAGGUAAACAAAGAAAAACAAAUGAAGUCUCACUUUCACUGUUUAAUUUCCCGCUGAUACAUUUUUUUUUUUCUUUUCAGAGCAACAUUCUCCAGUGAGGAGGUCUCUAUGUCCAGUGGCUCUGGGUUCAUAGUGUCCGAGGAUGGCUGGAUCGUCACAAAUGCACACGUACUCACGAACAAGCAACAGAUUAAAGUCGAGCUGAAAAGCGGUGUGCAGUACGAUGCAACUGUCAAGGAUGUGGACCAGAAAACAGACAUUGCACUCAUCAAAAUUGAACCAGAUGUAAGUGGCUUUUUCCCUUUAGUUCCCAAAGAGCCCUCUCUGCAAUGUUUUGUGUUUUCUUUUAGCCUGGUGGCUUGUCAUCAGUAGCUGACAUGAAAGAGUGGCAAUCCUGCUCUCUCUCUCUCUCUCUGGGAUAUUGAGGUCAACAAGGCUUUUUCUGCCAAAAUUGGACUCUGUUCUUUACCAUGGUUGAUUUGUCAUCUGACUUCCUCUGGGGUGGUAUUUUGGUUUGGCCGUGUCGAUUCAAAGCAUUCCCUUCUUUAUGUGUGUAUAAGCAAGCGCUCUUUUGACUAAAACAUAUCACUGCACCUGCAUGUUUCUUUAAUGCUUUGUGCUGUCAAGGGGAUUUCUUUCUGGUCAGAGCUCUCGGAGCCUGAAGCACAUGAUUAACAUUUUUAGUUCUGAUCUGAAUACAAGAAUAUUUCAAUGUAACAUUAGAUAAACCUGAGGAAAUACCGCAGGUGACUGUUCUAUAGGUGAAGAAUCUGUCUCUUAACAAACGGGGAGUGGUGACAGUUUAACCAUGCUAUAUUUCUCUGUGUAACAUUCCUCUUAAGCUUGCCCGAAAGGCAAAUUUCUCAUGUGGCUCUGUGCCCUGAGAAAUGGGGCUAUAAAUACAGCUGAGCAUUUACACCCACCUCAGAGAUAAAUGUCUGCAUCCUAGAUUUAGAGGAGACAGGAAAAGACAUCCUGAGGCAUAGGGUAGUUCAAUUCAUGCAAAAAAAAAAAAAAAAAAUGUUCAAAUUCUUUUGAUUUUAAAAACAUGGAUUGGUGCUCGAGGAAGACUCACGUGUAAAUGCACAUGUAAUUACUGGUGUUACUCUUUAAAGAGUUGGACUAAAAAGAGGAGCUCUGCAUGAUUUGCAGCUCAAAAAAUCCUUGACUUAACUUUAGUUACAGCACUAUGUGUCUUUGUAUCUCGUGUUUUUUAGCUUUGCCAAGGUUAGCAUUGACAUCUGACAUUAAAAAAUUAGAUAUAGGCUAUGUAUGACAAUGCAAACCAUCAUAAUAAGUCUCAUUUACUAUAAAUUACUUGUCUUAAUACAAAAACAAGUAAUAGGUACAGGAAAACAAAGCUGUAGGUGCAGAUUGGAGAUGUUUUGAUAUGACCCUCAAGCUCGAACAUAUUCUGUGAAUGUAAAAUUACUGCACUUUUUUAUACUUCAUUCUUGGUGAUAUUUACUGAAUAUUUAAAUACAUGCUGUAAGUUUCCUACUUAACUCAUUUUCAGUUAUCAAAAACAUUCAUUUAGAAAUGUGAAGAAAAGGCAACUACAACUAUAGAUGUAGAUUCUUAUACUUGUCAAGAAUGAAGUAAUGACUUAUUUCAAUAAGCAGGUACAGCAUUCAUGUUUUAUUCAUAACUGUAUAUUCACUUCAAUUUAACUAUCCUUUUUGGACUGGAUCCAGGGUCCUCUUCCUGUGCUUCGUCUGGGACAGUCCUCAGACCUGCGCCCAGGCGAGUUUGUGGUGGCGGUGGGGAGUCCUUUCUCCCUGCAGAACACUGUGACCACUGGCAUUGUCAGUACCGCCCAACGCAAUGGCCUGGAGCUGGGCUUUAAGGACUCAGACAUGGACUACAUCCAAACUGAUGCCAUCAUUAAUGUCAGUAAGGUUGAAAUUAAGAUCACAAUGCAACUUUUUUUUGUUUCUGUGAAGCUAUAAAUGUAAUCUGUUCUUCAAUAAACUUGCUUUUAUUGCUUUGUUGAUUCACAGUACGGCAACUCAGGUGGACCACUUGUCAACUUGGUAAGGAUUUAGAAUGCAGUCCCACUCCAUUAGCAGACUUGUUAUUCCUCCUGCCAUGUAGGUGACCCCUCGUGUUUUAAUUACAACAGUGAUUAUUGCCUUCGGAGGUCAUGAUUGUUUUUAAUCAGUACUCAAGGUCCUCAGCAAGCUUUCUCUCUGAGGUUCAAGAUUUAGACUUCUCCACUGUAGUUUCUUACAAUGGAGGCCUUUGCUUUGUUACUGUGAGUUAAAUCAUAGAGAUGGAACAUUUAUUUACCAAGGUCACUGCUGCCAGCUUCCUCCCCCUGAAAGUGCAGUUAAUCCUUUGGGAGAGCUGUUGUUGAGCCAUAAGUGUAUUUCACACAUUAUUCUUCACUGGGAAAGACAGGUAAAGGCCCAUUACAGCCAAGGUCUGAUUUUUUUGGAGGAGGAAAAGGACACUUCACAGACUGUGACCUAUGUUUUGUCUGGUGGAGGUUUAAAAAGAGGUAUAAAAUGACUGUAGUGUUGUGUUUUGCUACUCAAACCCUUUUUAAACACACAAAAAACAACUGUAUAAUGGCUCUCCUCUCACCUUUGUUUAUUAGGAUGGAGAUGUAAUUGGCAUAAAUACUCUGAAAGUAGCAGCAGGAAUUUCAUUUGCCAUUCCUGCGGACAGUUCCUGGCUGAAUCCUACAACAGACAAGUCAGCGGUGAGCAGCGAGAGGUUUCAUGGUCACUUGUUUGCUUUGUUCUUUUAAAUAGUUGUCAACUAGUUAUUCUGUCCUUUUUCUUUUGUUCGCUUUCAGGAAAUUCAGCUCUAAAGAAGAAAUUCCUGGGUGUUCGUAUGCUGCAGCUUUCAACACUGUAAGUGAUCACAUACAUCAAAAAUAUAUAUACAGACAUGCUAGAUAUCCUCUGAGGAUGACAUCAGCCAAAAUUUAGUAGCUUAACUCAAACUUCACUCAUGUCAGUGUGUGAACAUCAGUAAUAAGCAUAUCUUUACAGAUUAACAUAUGGCUUUUAAGUGACUUCAGGGAACUCAACAGAAGUUUCCUUCCAGUGGUUUAGAGAUGUGAUUUGAUUGACUGAAGUCAUGGAGUCCUCUCGCUUCCAUCCCAUUAAUGUGGGAAACUAGUGAACAUUUUUUAAGACUAAUCUGUUAAAUACAGCAAUGAAAAUACCACCAAACACAUGGAAUUUGACUUUAUUUCAAAAUUAUGACUUUAUUGCCAACAUGUUAACUUUAUUUAUUAAGUUCUAAAUUUCUAUAACCUGUUUUCUUUACCAGUUUGAUCAGAGAUCUAAAAGAGCGGCAAAUUGAAUUUCCAGAUGUGAGCUCAGGGGUUUAUGUGUAUGAAGUCAUACCAGGAAGAGCUGCAUCCAGGUAAGAGUCCAGCAACAUUUUCUAACUGUUACUGUUACGUGAUGGACUAACAUAACGCAGGUCGACCAUUUUAACUGAUCCUGUACUUGUAAGACAGUGCAAACGUUUCCAGAACGCAAUUUAUUUUACAAAAAGUGCAUCAAACGUGGCAGUUAAUGGAGAAUUAUUAUGUUUUCAAUUGUAAGUAGUUGGGCAGUAGUGUUUUUUUUUUAAUUUUUUUUUAUUAGUGGUUAAGAUAAUUACUCUUGAAAUGUAAAAACUGUGAUGUGUGGACCAGACAAGAACUUGUUUUUUUGUUUUAAGAUGACAAAUAUCAAAAAUAUGUAUUGGUACAAAAGCAACAGUGUUGUUUCAAAGGAAGACACUGCAUCAGUACGCUGUUACUUCCUUUGAGAGGAUCUCUCAGAGCUUUUUCAAGCAUUAGGUCUCUGGUUUCAUGCAGCAGUGCUGUGAACUGAUAUUUGGAUGCUUUUGGAUAUCUUGAGGUAUGGAAUAAGCAUCCUCACAGCUCUGAAGGCUACAGACUGACCUCUGGUCUGGUUGCUCAUUAUAGUUGCGCUUCCCGCAGGCAAAACUUUGACAUCUCUCUCUAUCUGUCUCGGACUCUCAAGACUAUAUUUUUAAUAGUUCAACGCUUCCUCCUGUGACGUUGAAGCCUGGAGCUUUGAACAGUAAUGAGCAGCAACCUACAUAGCCUGCUGAAUAAAACUGUUUAUGAAUCACCAUCUGAUUAGUGAAACAAGAAUGUUGUCCCUUUAUCUGUCCAUAUAGCCUUUGGUGUUUUGUCGGUAACAGCCUACAUGGGAUCAUCAGCAGGAGUAAAUGCCUCUGAUGUAAAUGUCAAGCAGUGCUGUGCAUCAGAACCCUAUAGCUCUCCGUGUGUACUGUCUCAUGUGGGGGGAGAAACUUGAGACAGGACUAAGCUUGUCUAAAGGUCGUGUUCUCCUGGGGGAUGAGAUCUACCCCGCUGAGUAAGGGAUGGUUUAAAGGGUUCUUGCACGGUAUGGAAAAGUAUGGAAUUCGAUUUUAGCCAUUUCUUAAUUUAACUAAGUAUGAAAAGACAAAAACGAGUGGACCAUCUCUGCUGUUUUUAAUUGAUUGUUACUGCUGUCCGGGCCUGGAGUGGCACGAAAAAUGGGCUGGUUGUAGAGCUGAGAAGGUCAGCAAAUAGUAAUGAUAGUAAAUAGGUUAUACAGGCUGCACUCACUAGUAAAAGGUUGUGAACAAAAGUGAACCAGUCUUAGCCAUGAAGCCAUGAAGGCUGAAAAUGAGUCUCACUCUGACAACUGACAAAACUAACUUGAAAAUGUCUUAUGUCGUCAAAUCAUGUUACCUUUUACUUUUGUGCAUGUGAAUAGAUUGAGUCAAACCUGAUACAUGGCGUUGUGUUUCUGCAGAGCUGGCAUGCUGGAUCAUGAUGUUAUCAUCAGCAUCAACGGGCAGAGCAUUCAGACCAUACAGGAUGUGAGCGAGGCCAUCCACAGCAGCGCCACACUGUCAGUGUUGGUGAGACGGAAGCACCACGAUGUUACACUAACUAUCGUUCCUGAAGAGUGA